GCGCAUCUGUGGGGUACUAAAAGUACAUUACGCCAAGAUGUCCGCCAGAACGCCAUUAUCUACUGUCAUCGAAAGGGACACAGACCAGAUGGUGAGCCAUUCAGAAUCUAAAACGAAUACAAAGUCUAACAUGUUACGUUGUCCUGCUGAUGAGCAACCUCAUGUUGGAAAUUACCGGUUACUGAAGACUAUUGGCAAAGGAAAUUUUGCGAAAGUCAAACUGGCACGCCAUGUUCUAACAGGAAAAGAGGUUGCUGUAAAGAUAAUUGACAAAACUCAGUUGAACUCAUCUAGCCUUCAGAAGUUAUUUCGAGAAGUAAGAAUAAUGAAAUUAUUGAACCAUCCCAAUAUAGUUAAACUGUUUGAAGUUAUAGAAACAGAUAAAACACUUUAUCUAGUAAUGGAGUAUGCUAGUGGAGGAGAAGUAUUUGAUUACCUAGUUGCACAUGGAAGAAUGAAAGAAAAAGAAGCCAGAGGACGAUUUCGACAGAUAGUGUCAGCUGUGCAGUACUGUCAUCAGAAGCAUAUUGUACAUAGAGAUUUAAAGGCAGAGAAUUUGCUAUUAGAUGGUGACAUGAAUAUUAAAAUAGCCGAUUUUGGGUUUAGCAAUGAGUUUACACUUGGAAAUAAAUUGGACACUUUUUGUGGUAGUCCUCCUUAUGCUGCACCAGAACUUUUCCAGGGUAAAAAAUAUGAUGGACCUGAGGUGGAUGUCUGGAGUCUUGGUGUCAUUCUCUACACCUUGGUGAGCGGAUCACUCCCUUUUGAUGGACAGAAUUUAAAGGAGCUACGGGAAAGAGUGUUACGGGGAAAGUACAGAAUUCCAUUUUACAUGUCCACAGAUUGUGAAAAUCUACUAAAGAAAUUCCUAAUUUUGAACCCAGCAAAGAGGGGCAGUCUAGAGCAAAUUAUGAAAGACAGGUGGAUGAAUGUGGGUUACGAAGAUGAUGAACUGUGUCCGUAUGCAGAACCACCCCCAGAUUACAAAGACCCUAGAAGAACAGAGUUGAUGGUUUCAAUGGGCUACACUCGUGAAGAGAUACAAGAAUCUCUAAUAAACCAGAAAUACAAUGAAGUCAUGGCUACAUACCUGCUGCUAGGUUACAAAUCUUCUGAGUUGGAUGGUGAAUGUCUUAACUUAAAAUCCCGUCCUGUCUGUGACAUUACGAAUAGCAACAUCCCUUCACCAUCUCACAAGGUUCAGCGAAGUGCCUCAGCCAAUCCAAAGCAGCGGAGGUUCAGUGACCAACCAGGACCUGCUAUUCCUACAUCCAACUCUUACACCAAGAAGACCCAGGCUAUUAACUCUGAGAACAGGCGUCCUGAUGAAGACCGGGACAGAGAAGCAGGACGCAAGUCUAGUAGUAGUGUUCGAGUACCUGCAAGUCCACUUGCUGGACUGGAUAGAAAGAAAACCACUCCAACUCCAUCCACGAACAGUGUACUUUCCACAAGCACAAGUCGAAGUCGGACUUCGCCAAUGAUGGAUAGAGCUAAUGUUGGACAAAGUUCAGUACAGAAUGGGAAAGACAGUUUAACCACGCCUGGCUCCAGGGCUUCCACUGCUUCCGCUUCCGCUGUUGUGACGUCAGCACGGAUGCGUCAUCAUCAGAAAUCCAUGUCCACGUCCAUGCAUCCGAACAAAUCCACAUUGCCCCCCACAGAAAAUAACUGUGAGGUGCAGCGGCCAAGCACUGCUCCUCAGAGAGUCCCUGGUGCCUCCCCAUCUGCACAUAAUAUUAGCAGCGCUAUUCCAGAUCGCACAAAUUUCCCUCGUGGUAUAGCUAGUCGUAGCACUUUCCAUGCCGGUCAACUCCGGCAAGCCCGGGACCAGCAGACAAAUGCAUUUAAUGGCCCGCCUGCAUCUCCCUCUCUAUCGCAUGGAAACAGCCAAGCACGAAGAGGAGCCUCUGGGAGCAUCUUCAGCAAGUUCACCUCAAAGUUUGUUCGUAGAAAUCUGUCUUUCAGGUUUUCCAGAAGGAACCCGAGUGAUCUGGAAAGCAUUGACCGAGAUGAAAGUGACAGGCCCAAUAUUGGUGGAGAAAAGGACAGGGAAGAUAACAAGGACAUGAAACCCCGAUCGUUGCGUUUCACUUGGAGCAUGAAAACCACAAGCUCAAUGGAACCCAACGAAAUGAUGAAAGAGAUCCGGAAAGUCUUGGAUGCCAACAACUGUGAAUAUGAGACGAGAGAGAGGUAUAUGCUACUUUGUGUUCAUGGACACCCUGGCCAUGAUAACUUUGUUCAGUGGGAAAUGGAGGUCUGCAAGCUUCCUCGUCUGUCGCUGAAUGGAGUCCGCUUCAAACGAAUAUCUGGCACAUCAAUAGCUUUCAAGAACAUUGCCUCCAAGAUAGCUAAUGAACUGAAGCUCUAAUGAGGAGUUCUAAUAGUUGCUUGGCUUGAUCUGAAGUACAUUUGGUGGCCUUGACUGACAGAAUGGCAAUGCAGCGAUAGGAUUGAUUAUAAUCUCCAUUGUUGAACUAUGUCUCCUUUCACAAGGUUUUCAUUUUGCACAAGUUUUGUGAAUAAAACAAGUCAAGGUUAGACACUUGUUGCAUUUUCCAGAACCUCAGCAGAUAUGGAGAUGACGAAAUGAGAAGAGCAGCUAUGUAGUUCUUCAUGUGACUGGUAAAAUGGCACUCUGUGCUAGAUUGGGCUUUUGGGAAAUUCAGGUUAUAUAUUGAAAUAUUUUGGCCCAUUGUCAUUUUGUCCAUUCAUAUUGUGAGGUAUCUUAUUUUGUUCCUUUUGUGUAAGAUCAGCAAAUGUUAACGGCUUUGUCAGUUUGGAUUGCAGUGGAUUUUCCCUCUAGUUAAAAAGAAGGUGAACGGUUUUCUGUUAGACAGACUGAAUGUGACAGAAGGACAGGGACCUUUUUGUAAUUUAUUAGGGAUAUGUAGUCGGUGGAGGGUAAAUGUCAGAGCCUGUUAAUCCUAUCACUUGAAGUCCUUCCACUGUCUCUUGACAGCACUCACAGAUUGUUAUAGAAAGCCACCUCCACUUUACAGACCUCAUGCAUAAAGAUGUAAGUAGGACAUAUCUGCACGCACCAUUUGCUGUAGAUUAUAGUUCCUAUUUACCAGUCUGUAGGUAGGGUUUUCUUGCUUCCAGGAAACUCAUAUUGAGAUAUACCCAGUGAGCUCUGAAUAGCUUAUGUGCUCAUAGUUAAGUGCACUUUUCUGUAAUUUUACAAUUUUAUACAACUGAAAGUGCAGACAGUCUUCCAUUUGUGUACCUUUUUGUUUAGCAAAGACUAUCAUUCCAUAAUCUUUCCUGCUUGCCUUUUUUUUUUUUUUUUUUGUACAGUGCAUUUUUUGUACUUUUUAACACCUAGGGGGGUUUUGUGAUUUGGGUAAGGAUUCCCCAUUUAAGUGUCUUUAGUCACCUUCUGAUUUCUGCUGCCUUGCACUGGCUUGCAAAGAAGGGUCUUUGUGUAGCCUGAAAUUAUCCCCCCUUCCACAUAGAAGCAACACUUUUCUUCUAUCCACUGGAGUGAUCGUUUUGUAGAAAAUAGUUUGUAUCUGUUUUGCCACUUAACCACAGCUCUAGGUUGAAUGAGAAAAAAAAAAGUUUGAGCGUUGUUAGAUUUUUUGGGGGGGGGUGGCAAGUUCACAUAGUAAACCCAGUGAAAGUGAAGUUUAUAUUCACAGCUGAAGUGCUUAAAGCUGUCCGUGGUAGACUGGAUUUGGUAACCACUGCCUGAUAAGAAAAAUUCAGAUCCACGUGGACAGUAAAAAUAAGUGACUGAUUGCUGAGUUUAACUUCAGGAAAUUGCAUCUCAGCAAGUUAUAGUAGGUACUGCUGUAGGAAGCAGUGUAGUGUACUCUUUCUUAUUCUUGUGAAUCUUGGACAUUUUGUAGAUCCUGAAUAAUAAUUGCCACAAAGUUUGUACAAGGGUACAAGUACACCAUAGAAUUUGUAGUACUCAACAGUACGACAUUGUUUAAAAAGUUGGGGGACUUUUUGUUUUUUUAGUGUUCCCUUCAGUCCUUUACAGAUGGGUAAAUCUAUCAACAGUUUUAUUUUGUCUUCCUGUGGCGUUUCUGCAGUAACUUGUCUAAUUCACAAUGGUGGUGUCCCUUUUAUAAACUUGUUUCUGCUUGCUAAUUUUUAUAUUAUCUUGAGGUGUUUUUUUAUCCACCUGAAAAAUCACAUGCGAUUUUCUUGAUAGGUUAACUUUCAGUGCUUUUGUGUGUCAUCACCGUUUCUAGUAAUUGAACAACUUUAAGGUUAUUCAUUUCUUGACCCAGCAUGGCAAAGAACUACUCCAAACCAGGGAAGAACUGAUGUUGUUCAGGGGAAAGGGGGGAUUCUUACUCUUGUAGGCUGCAGCAUGCCAGAAGUCUGCCCCACCCUCAGGGUUUUAUCACUGGAUAAAACUAUAGACAUGACCAGGCUAACGUGUACAAAAAUAAUUUUUUUUGUACCAAGUGGUUGCCUGAGAAAGAUUAAAUGGUAUAUUACUGUUCCUCAGAUUAUUCUAAUUUAUUCUUCCAUUGUGUUAUAGUAAAAUUUUGCAGUACCGCUUUAAAAGUUAGUCCCGUUUUAGUAGUACCAAGUGAGAAAACUGAGAAUUACCUGUGUGUAAUUGUAAUAUUAUUUCCUUAUGUUCUGUAAGCACACGAAAACAUGACAUUCCUGAGCUUUCUGGGCAAGAGUUUCUUAUUCAUUCCAUUGGGAAGCAAGCAGUAGAAACAUUAAUAUUGGGGAAAAAGAUAGUUUACUUGCUGCCUAGGUGUCAGCAGUUGUAAAGAUGUAAUGUGAGUGUGGGUCUGGAGAAGUGCUUGGGUUCUUGUACUUCAUAUCCCAGGUGUUUGAGGCUCUUCUGUAACAGUGCUGCUGUUAUAUAUUUUGCUAUAAUGUAAAGUGGGGCAGGUAUCUGUAAUUCUCACCUGUACAGACUGGAGAAUUUAAAAUGGAUUCAUUUAACUGCUGUAAGAUUUAUUAAAUCACAUCCAGGUUUGAUGUACUUCUGAUUUUUUUUUUAUUUAUAUGAUUUUGUUUGUGCUGCCGUAUCCACAGCAUUACUUUGAUUUGUGUCUUCUUUUUUCCUGGAAUUGAAUCAUCUUCGCAUGCUGAUGAUGGACUCAUUAUAUACAACUUUAUUGUCACCGGUACAGUUCAGGCAUGGGGAGGUUAUUAUUAUUAUUUUUAUAUAUAUAUAUAUAUAUAUAUAUAUAUAUAUAUAUAUAUAUAUAUAUAUAUAUAUAUACAGAGCCCACGAUGGACAAGGUGAGGAUUGAGCUAUGUCCCGAUUUAUGGUUGGGGGAAAGGAAACACAUUGGACAUUUCCUGACCUGAACUCAAAUGAAUACCUAGAGGAGUGUUCUGCACUGUGCUUAGGGCACUCACCAGGAGAGCAUUUCAGGCUGGUGGUACAGCAGCUUUUGGAGAACAGGGUGCAUGCAACUGGACAGCAUGUUGUAUCAUUUUUAAGAAAGGUGCAUUUGUUCUGUAUUUGGACCAUUAAUUAGGAAAGAAAUGAUAUCCUCAAUAAAGCUCACAACAUCCCAGGAAAACAGUGGGUUGUGUGGCAUCUGUUAGCACUAAAGGUGCCUUAUAAUAGUUCUGCCUUUAAGCACUGCCCCUUUCACUUCCCCACCUUCUGGUUAGACAUUAUAAUGCUCAGUAUGAUCUUAAGUCCAUAGAAUUUUUGUUAUCCGUUUCCACAGUGGUGUUUGUGAUUAUGUUGGUUAGAAAGCAAUUUGCUGAAGAACAAUAUUGUACAUGCAUAAGGUAAAAUACCUGAGACUAAUGACUACUGUCGAAAAAGUUCAUUUAUUUGUAAAUUAUUUGGAUUAAAUUAAAAUUGUGCUAAUUUUUAUGGACUUAACCCCCCUCACACACACACACACACACACACCCAAAAAAAUUAAAUUUGAUCCAAGAGUUGAAAGUUGAACCAAAGGGUUUUCCAUGAAAAUAAACUUUAAAUUAAAUUAGGGAUAACACACUUGUGAAAAUGGGUACCCUUAAUCCUGUAAGGCUAGGCUUUCACAUUUACAUUAUUUAUUUCAGUAUAAUGUUCUGUGAAUUACAUUGGAAUACAAGAGUUAGAUGAUAAACUAUUCUGUAAAUUAUAUGAUUCUUGUGUGUGAAUAGCUUUGUAAAAAGCAUUGUUUAAUUAAUGUGAAUUUAUUUACCACCUGUUUGUAAGGGUGCUCUGUUUUUUUUCCUGCAGAAUGUGUGUGCGCGUGUAUGUGUGUGUGUGUGUGUGUGUGUGUGUGUGUGUGUGUGUGUGUGUGUGUGUGUGUGUAGGUACAUACGUACAUACGUAUGUAUGUUUGUUUGCAGCAUGUGUGUGCCUUUGUUCAAGUGGCUUUAGGGGAAGGGAGGGUGUAGGGUCUCCCUUAAAGCCCUGUCAUAUUUCUAUAGUGUGAUAAUGCAAGAGCAACUUGUCUCUUUGUGCACGUGCCUAAAUGAUUACUCUCUUGCCUUUGUUUGAAAGAAGAAGCUUUGCAGUACUUAAAAGAACAUGUCUGGGGCUUCUUAAAGUUUUUUUUUUUUCCUGUACCCAGGAAUUUACUGAAAAAGUAACCAUAUAUGAAGCUGUGAUGCUAUUUUCAACAAGAAAAGAUGGAUCACAUUAACAGUGGUUUACGGGAGUUUGUAAUCCUCUAGAGACUGGAUAUUGCAAACAAAUAGUGAGGACAAGGAAGCUUUGUAUGUUUGCAACAUUUGACACAAUCUUGACUGCUUGUUUUCUAGGUACCAAAAACGUAAAGGUAGCUACUUUGGAUGUCCCAGUACCUUAAGACAAAAGUAAAUUAAUGUUGAUCUUGAUAGCCACAUGCACAAAUGCAUCCACAAGUACUGAAUGCAUUAUUUAAAAAAAAAUCUAAUUGGUCAAUUGUGUUGGAAGAGAGCAAAAAAUGCAGUAGCUGAAUUUAUCUUUACUGUGGUACCUCUGGAUUGUAUUUAAUUUGAGAACAUGUUCCCUACAUUGGUAAACUAAAUUUUGAUCUGUCAAAUUUGUUGAUUUUUUUUAUUACUCUUACCCCUCACACAUGAUGUUCAUUCCUACAUGGUUUAUUAAAAUACGGUUGGAAUGAUCUGUGCUGUUACCAUUGGUCUGGUUUGUAAAAUACGUCUUACACUGCAAGGAUCAUUAGCUGUGGGAAACGAACAUGUGUAACUGGGCGUGUUUCUUGAUUAUUCCACACUUCUCUAGAUCCUGUUUUGGAGGAGGUUAUUACAGUGGCAUCCUGUUUUGGGUGCUGCAGUGUGCAUACUAAAUGCCAAAAUCAUUGCAAAUAGUAACAACAAUAAACCUUGAAAAAACA